CCACUCCUUUGCUCUUCCCGCCUUCGCACCGCCUGCUCUCUUCUUUGGGAUCCUGCUCUUCCUGUCUUCUUCUGCAAAGGAAUAGGCUGCGAUUAUACUAUCACUCUGAUCAUCCUCUUCUUAUCCUAUCCACAGCCAUCGCAUAGAGAAGAACUAUGAGCGCCGUCUUGCCACUGGCUGGACCCCAUGUAGGCUUCCCGUUCUCCACCCAGCUGCGUGAGAGCGGUCCGGAGUCGCCUACACAGCAUCAAUCCAGAAUUGGACAAAAGAGAAAGACGCACGACUAUGAUUCAGACGACGAAAUGGUGAGCUCGCCCGAGGGCACCUCGCCUUCCUUCACUGCGUCGGCGCACGACUACGCACAUCAACAUGCCUCUCCCAUCAGCCAUCACAGCCACUCCAGACCACACGCAUCGCUUCCCAAGCGUGCCCGCACAGAAAUCAUCGGCCGCCCUCUUCCACUCGCGCGCCAGCUCGAGACUCUCGAUGCCCGUGCGCUCAAGGCGAUUAUCUGCCAGCUCGCCGACAAGCACGUCUAUCUCUCCGACGAGAUUAGUGGCAUGGCCCCCGUUCCUACUGUGCACAGCAGCCUCGAACUUCUCACUCGGUAUUUCGACCGCAUCUCGGGUGCGUUUCCUUACAAGUGCGACCCGGCCGGCGACUACGCCUAUCUGCGGGUUCGUCCCCAAAUCAGCGAGUUUCUCGACGCCGUCAGUGACUACACUCCGCACUUUUUGCCUCCGCGCGAGCAGCAAGUAGGCAACUGCCUGCAGUUUCUCGACGGCGUCACCACGCUCGUGCACAAGCUGCCGGACUGGACGACCGAGGCGAACAACUCUCUCAAGCAUGCUGCGUACGAUGAGCUCUCGCGUGCCUGGGCCUUGGUCGUUCGCGAGGCUUUGAAGCGGGCGAAUGGCAUCGUGCUGGAGUACGGCGGAUGGAGAGAUAAGAUUGAGAAGCACAACCAAGCUGCCGGCGGCCGACUGGAGCGUGCUGCGCAGACUGUUGAGGAGGGCUUGAGCGGCCAUAACCAGCGAAGAAUAGUUCCUGGCCGUUUCUUUUAAUUCUUUUUCUUAUUCUAUAAUUGUUUUUGGGAAUGUUACUGUUAUCAAUCUGCGGAGUAGAAUCUUCGUGCUAGAUAUUUUCAUUCGAAGGGUUAUGAUGCAUUUUACUCGUGAGUAAGGACUGUGAUUGAUAUAUUUAUAUUGUAUAUAUACUGUUGUUAUGCUUGGGAUAGGGACUUUUGUGUUUUGUUCUGUGUAUUUUUUUCUUGUUUCUUUCUCUCAUUGUUUCCUUCUCUCAUCAUGGAGUUUUAUUCAUUACUUUUUCCCGAUCCUUCUGCUGUCUCUUUCAUUUGUAAGGUUUAUGUAGUUGUCGUUCGUGUACUCUGUUGUUGUGUCGUUUUGUUUUGUUUGAUGACAGUUAUAGUUAUUACAGAUGUUUUAUAUAAUACAAUGAAUCCAUGUUGCGAUAACAAAAAC